GUGUUCGGCUGAAGCCUAUUCGCAUUCGGCCUUUCGACGAGUUGCUGACAUCAUCGUUCGACGGGUUGACGAAUCAAAACACAAAUAGACGGUUUUCCGUGAUUUCGCGAUGUUCACUCUCUGGAACUUAAUUGAAGCUUCCCUGCUGUGUCUCAACGCCGUGUGCAUCCUGCACGAAGAGAGAUUCUUGGCGAAAAUCGGAUGGGGCGCUAAUGCGAACGUUCAGGGCUUCGGCGAACCUCCCACGGUGAAGACACAAGUUCUGAACCUCAUCCGAUCCAUCCGGACGGUUGUCAAGUAUCCCCUCAUAUUUCUCAAUAUAAUAGCAAUUGUAUUCAAAUUACUGCUUGGAUGAUUAAAUGGGAAUGCAAAGAAUGUAUUUAAUAUGCUAAAUUUCUAAAUAAAUCAUCUUUUGGCUAUUU